CCGGACGCGAAAAUGGUGUUUGACGUGAUCCAAAGAAUGGAGGACACAGAGCCAUUCAGCGAGGAGCUUUUGGCUGCGAUGAAUAGACUCUGGGCUGACAGCGGGGUCCAGGAAUGCUUUGGCAGGAGCAACGAGUACCAACUCAACGACUCGGCGAAAUAUUUCCUGGACGAUCUAGACCGAUUAGGGGCCAGGGAUUACCAGCCAACGGAGCAGGAUAUUUUAAGGACCCGUGUCAAAACAACGGGUAUAGUGGAGGUUCAUUUUUCGUUCAAGAAUCUUAAUUUCAAAUUGUUCGACGUCGGCGGUCAAAGAAGCGAACGUAAGAAGUGGAUCCAUUGCUUCGAGGAUGUGACUGCGAUCAUAUUCUGCGUAGCAAUGUCCGAGUACGAUCAGGUGUUGCACGAAGACGAGACCACGAAUCGAAUGCAAGAAAGUUUAAAACUGUUCGACUCAAUUUGCAAUAACAAAUGGUUCACCGACACCUCGAUCAUUCUCUUCUUGAACAAGAAGGAUCUUUUCGAGGAGAAAAUACGGAAAUCACCACUUACCAUCUGCUUCCCCGAGUAUGCCGGGGCGCAAGAGUACGGUGAAGCAGCCGCGUACAUCCAGGCGCAAUUCGAGGCGAGGAACAAGUCAACCACUAAGGAGAUCUACUGCCACAUGACUUGCGCCACUGAUACAGACAACAUUCAAUUCGUGUUCGACGCAGUCACAGAUGUCAUUAUCGCCAAUAAUCUCCGUGGCUGCGGUCUCUAUUAG